UCACUUCCGGCUGAAUUUACCACUCCUGUCAAAAUAAUCUUAUUUAAAUUAUAUAAUUUAUCCCGAAGAUCAAUCUUAUGCGUCAUGAUCGGGUGACUGCUUGUGUAAACUUUUUGCAUUAAGUUAGCGUGUAUUAAUUUUGAACACAAAAGACUUGUUGUUUAUUUUUGUGUGUGUAUAUACAGGAAUAGUUUGAGCGCUUGUGUUGAUACUCAUUUUCUUCUGUGUUUACUGAACGUAGGAAAAUUGUUCAUACGUAGUAAACCCUACGUCUAGUAGUAACUGAGUGACAGGAUUUGGUGAAAAAUUCAAAAAUUACUUUGUUGAUUUUUUUGAAAAAAGUGACAGUUAAAUUAUAAGGAAUGUGAGUUGGUUAGAUUUGAAACUUGAUAAUAGUGACAAAAUUUAAAAAAGUGACUAUUUAGGAAGAAAGAGAAACGAAAUAGAGAUAAACGGAUAGGAAGAGAACACGUUAAACGCAGUGAACGCGGGGACGAACGGAGUUGAAGGAACCAGAGAAGGACGAAAAAGAAGGAAGGAGUGGUAGAAGAAGAGAAAGAAGAAAAUACGAGAAGAUAAUAAGCCUGUAAAGGGUUAGGAGGACGGAAUUGUAAGCAAGUAACCCUUCAUCAUCAUGGCGUUACCUGUGAACGUGUCGGGACUACGGCGCAACAUCAAGAACAUCGCACACAACUACACAGAUGCACAGGUGAAAGUGCGGGAGGCGACCAGUAAUGACCCGUGGGGCCCAUCCUCUACCAUCAUGUCAGAGAUCGCAGAUCUGACGUACAAUGUGGUGGCGUUCUCAGAGAUCAUGCAGAUGGUCUGGAAGAGACUCAACGAUCAUGGCAAGAACUGGCGGCAUGUUUACAAAGCCCUCGUGCUGCUGGAAUAUCUCAUCAAGACCGGCAGUGAGAAGGUGGCAGAACAAAGUCGCGAGAACAUCCACUCUAUUUCCACUCUGAAGGAUUUCCAGUACAUCGAGGAGGGCAAGGACCAGGGCAUCAACGUCAGGGAGAAGGCUAAGGCUAUGGUCGCCUUACUCAAGGACGACGAGCGGCUGCGCAACGAGCGCGUGCGCGCACUGAAGGCCAAGGAGCGUUUCGCGCAGAGCGUCUCAGGCAUCGCCGGCGACCCCGAUAUAAAUUCCCCUACAAGUCCUACAUAUCCUGGAACGUUUGUGACGAGUGCGUCCCGAGCAGAGCGAGAUGCUUAUGGCAUUAGAGGUCUUGGGUCGCCGCUGUCGCCACCCUCUGCAGCCAGGGACCCCUGGGGGCUGUCGCCCCCCGCUGUAGACACGGGCGACUACGCCAGCAUCAUGUACGGCACAAAAGAAAAUGUUUACGAAGGAAUACCGGGUGAAGGUAAAAUCGACUUCGCCACGCGUUCCCUCCCUUCUAUACCUACCGAAAACAUCACCAGCAGCUACAACAACUCUGCUCUUCAGCAAUACGCAAAUCAAGAGCCCAUAUACGCAGCCAUCUUGAAAAAACCGCAGGCAAACCAGGCGGAUUCGUCAGUGCGUUCGAAAAUCCAGGUUGGGGAUCCAGUUUAUUCCAACACCUCUGGAUACGAUGCCGUGGAUGCGUGGUUAGAGCAAGACGCUAAAAUUGGAUCUUCUUCCAAUGCUGAGACCAACAAGCCGGCGUCCAUUAUCGCGAUGUACGAAAAUAUUGAACAGCCUGAAGCACAUUACGAAAACAACGAGGAAGCUUUACGGACUUUGCAACCUGUAGACCCCUGGGGGGUGCCUGCGCCCAAGCUGCAGACCAUCAGCCCUCCUCCCUUAUCUCCACCCAAGGUAGACCGGGUCUUGUAUGGCCAGGGAGCCAGUGACCCAUGGGGUCCAGUAAUCCCUCCUGUGGACCCCUGGGGGGUUGUACGCUCCCCAACCCCACCACCGGACCCCUUCGCCCCCCUGCCCCCCCAACCCUCACAUGCUGAUGACUUCUCGCUGCUCACCAACAGGGAUAAACCUGCUACAGGCACGACCCCCGCGGGCACGUCGCCCCCCACCCGCCGGUCCCCCGCAGGCUUCCUGGGGGAGAACAGCGGCCUCGUCAACCUCGACAACCUUGUUGCCAGCAAGCCUGUCAACCCUAUAGCCAACUCCAGCGCUCUGUCCACCUCGUUUCCUAACCUGAGCUUCACAGGCGUUGCUAACUCCACACUCGCACCAACACCUAACGUUCUCUUCUCUUCCACCAACGCCAUCAACGUAAACACCAACAAUAAUCCUUUCACCGCCCUUUCCACCGGCACCAACGCUUCUUUCAACGCCCUUUCCACCGGCACAAACACUUCUUUCAACGCUCUUUCCACCUGCACCACCACCCCUCUCACCACCAUUCCUACCAGCACUUCAACACCAUACUUCAAAACAGACAAUUCCAACAUCAUGGACGCAUUCAACACCAACGUCAACAACAACGACAUUUUGGCUACAGCUUCCCCCAUCCCUCCCCUAUCCCAAGACUUUUUUUCAGGCGCUAAUCCCUUCAGUGGGAGCGUGAUGGGAGGGGGGGCGGUAGGGGUUGUCCCUAACCCCUUUCAGGCCGCCCAGUCCCCCAAGCCUUCAAUUAACGAGCUAAGGGCAUCAGCAGUGGGGGGUUUCAACGACCCCUGGGGGGCACCACCCCAUAACAACGGCUUUGCCGCCCUCUCCACCAAGGGCAAUGACCCUUUCUAGCCUUCUAAAACAAGAGCAAAACCUCCUCUAGCCCUCUAAACCAAGGGCAACAACCUCUUCUAGCCCUCUAAACUAAGGGCAACAACCUCCUCUAGCCCUCUAAACUAAGGGCAACGACCGCCUCUAGCCCUGUACACCUGGACUAGUUCAAAGCUCGGAUAAUAUCAUUGAAGGCUUUACUUACCAGCGGAGGGAUCUAAAAGUCCAUGAAUAUUGUAUGUGGAUUUGCUUUGUUAUAAAGAUGACUCAAGUGCAUACUUGGUAGAUGUGACUAUGUCCUAUGUUCCAAAAAACGGCUCGGCUAGAAACGGUUGGACCGGGGGUAUUAUUGGCCGGCCGUCCCGUGAAAUUCGACCAUAAUGGUUUGGGUUUCAUAUGUUAACUUAGAAAAAAACGGCGACAUGUUUUUUUCGACGCUUCGACCACCCACUAAAACGCCCGUCAUAUCGUUUUUUUCGUUUUUGAAAUAGCGGUAGAGAUGCGCCAGUAAUGUAUUCGGCAGCGUUUCGUGAAAAUGUUUGGUUGAAAAUGAAAAAGAUGUAUCAGGAGUUUUUUUUGUCGACUGGUUGAAAAUAAUCUUGUCAUGUAUUAUUCUUUUCAAUUACCCAACUUAUUUAUAUAUGGUAUCGAGACAGAAAAAAAUAAUAUUUAAUGCAGUUAAAGAGUAUGAAGUUUUUAUACUGACGACUUUGACUAUCAAGUUUUAAUUAUUAAAUUUGCAGUCCAAAUUUUUUUUUGAAAUGUCUUAUUUUGUUAUGUGUUUAUAAGAAAUAACAUUUUUGAUUAACAGGUGAAGUUUUGUUUCUCCGAUUACCUACCUAUACAAAAACCUGUGUUGCAUGUAUACUGUACUUUGUAUACUGCACUAACAUAAAUACAAGUACUGUAUGGUGAUGUAGUCUAUUAAUGGUGACGGAAAUCCCCUCAUUCAUCGUGAUCGUUGAUGCAGAUAUAAUGAGGAUUAACCAUGAUUAUGAAAAAUGUUUAAAGUAUCAACUCGAGUUCAUCCAGAAGCUGCUUCUAUGGUCUUCUUUGUAUACCGUCAGCCUUGCAGUUCAGUUUCCGUCGAGUGAUUGAUUUUGAAAAGUAAAUUGGCCCUUAAUUUGGGAAGUAGUGAUUGGUUUUGAAAAGAAAAUGGGCCCUUAUUUUGAAAGUAAAAUAUGCCCUCAUCUAUAACAUUUUGACGUGGUUUUGAAAAUAAUUAGAAACCAAAAUGUUGAGAGAGAACACGAGAUGUGGCUAGUUGUACUUGCAGUGUCGUAUUUCAGGAACGAACGAAAUAUAUUACGCGCCGCCUGUUGGGAGCGUCGAUGUACAUUUAGAAAGCGGCAAAUGGGAUUUGUAUAUGCCAGUACCCACCGAAAUAAAAAAUAUCCUGAGUAAAACUAAGUCAAUCAUUAUUUACAGUUCUUGGCUUCUGUUACGGAAUAUUUUUUCACUAGAAAAUAGUUUUUUUUAAUUAACCACAUUGUUGCACUCAUAAUGCCUAACAUAUCUUAUUUGGUUAAUGUCUUCAAACAUCUUUACUAAGUAAAUCAUCUUCCAAGACUAAAUCUAACCAUGAAAUAUUGAUGUAUCAAAAAUUCAUGCUGCACUGACGUCGUUUUUUCCAAUUCCAACUAAAAGCAAGAAAUAGAAUUCGAGUUUCUUCCGCAAAGUAAAAUUUUAUACAGCGAAAUUUCAACAGGUAAAGGCCUAUACAAAACGUACAUUUGUUCGCAACGUCGCUGUUGUAUCUGCCCAGCUAGCUUUUGAUACAUUAAAGUAAGUUGCAUAUUUACUCUUAACUUGUACAGAUUACCUUGUAAUUAGUGGCUAGCUACUUGCAUUUCUAAGCGUUUGACUUUGACAUACUUAAUAUUAGUAGCAAUGCAUGCUAUUCGUACGGACGUUGCUUCUGAUCAUAUUCGCUCUUUUUUUUCAUUUUGUAGUUUGUUUAAAUUUAAUUGAUGGGUUGAAACUUAUUUUUAUGUCCGACAUUUCUAGGUUGAGGGCCUGAAUAUAACUUGAAACUUUAUAUUAAUUGAGUGACGUUAAGUUCUGGGUUUAGAUUUUCUUCUAAGUUUCUAAGUUUGUUCUGUAACGCGUUUUGACUAAUUCUAACUUUAUAGCGGGUUCUAUAGAUUUGAAAUAGGACGUUUUUUUCAAACUUGAACCUUGGAUUUAUUGUUUGGGUUAUGUUCUACUGUAGAAACUGAUGUGUCUCUAUUUCAAGCAGCAUUCUUCUUUGCUUAUUUUUACUUCUAAUUGAACCGUCAGGUAAAUAACCGUAAUAAAACAAACUGUAAAAACCUCAAAUGUCUUCAUCUUCUGUGUUCUUUCUGUAGCUGUCUUUUAUGUAUUUUUCUUCGUUAAUCAGGUACGCGAUUUUUGAAAGCUUAUACGAAUUAUUUCGAGCUUACGAUGAUUAUGUCGAGCUAACUGCCGGUUGCUCAAGCAAGUCAAGUUUUUUGAAAUAAUUCAAAUUAUGUAAGAACUCAUUCGCUUUUCUAUUACACUAAUUCCCAUUAUAUAUGUCAGAAAACUAUUAUGUUUUAUUUACUUUGCUUUAUUCGUCCGCAUCGUGCAACCUUCAACUAUUGCUAAUUGCACCUAUGACUACUUAUUUUUAAAAUGAUCCAUAAUGGAUAUUAUGAAUAAUUUAUUAAAUAAUCAGUAUGACUGCAGUGCAUCAUCGCUUUGUUCUAUCGCUCGUGCAUUUCCCUGCUGACUUAAAAAACUCAUGUGCAAAAAAAUUUCAUAUGUACGAUUUUGUACGUAAAUUUCAUCACAUUUGUGGCUUGUAGCGUAACUCAGUUCACAAAUUUCUGAAUGGAUGCUCACGGCAAAUUCAUCCGGGCAGAAGCAAAAAUAUUUAUACAUUUUGAUUUUAUAUUGGAUAAAUGGACAAAAUUGCCGUAUAAAUUGAAAACUUCCGUUUAUUUAUAAGUUAUGCGGAUAUUAAUCACUGAAUAAAUACAUGAAUAUUUUGAGUAAAAGCGGCGUAAGAAAGCCUGUGUUCAUUAUUAGCGUUGUGUGUUCAGUAAUCUCAUCGUCCUUUCACAUACACUUCAUUAUUCGCCAUGCUAUGUCAUACCUUCUACUUCAGCGCAGUGUACGUCAUUUUCUUCUUGUCGGCAAGUUAACAGUAAAGAAAUUGUCUUAGAGAAAUGUAUGUUGAUUACACAUACGCGUAUACUAUUACGAUGAUCGUAAAUUCGUCUUCGUAUAUUUUCGCAUGACGCCUAAGUUUCACCAAAAAAUUUGCAAUCAAACAAGUUUCUUGCAGUCGCGUUUUUGAAAUUCGCUAUCAAACUCUUGGUUUGCAUGAGAAAUAAUCAUAUCUUGUACUUUAAAUUCUACGUUCUGUGCUCGCCUACAACGCACAUCUUGCGUAAAUUGUUGGCAUUCAAGGAGAAUUUAUUUCAAAUGUAUCACAAGAAAGUUUUUGACUAUUAUUUGUUAUCAUGAAGAAGAGUUUUAUCUUCUGGCAGCUUUGGUGCUCCCGAUACUCAGGAUACCUUACUUCCUCGCUUCUUUCAUAUUUUCUUUAUAAUUCUUUAUUUCCUUCGUUUCAUCUUCAUUUAUUAUCUUUACCAUUUUUAUAUCUCCGUCAAUGCUUUCCAUUGAUCCUCAUACUGCAAAUGACGUCUAAACAAUGUUGAUUACGACUUGAUUUCGUUACAACGAUGUUGAUUUAGAGUUAAUUUCGUUGAAACAACGUUGAUCACAAGUAUAAGUUGUCCAAGUAACGUUUAAAACACGUUAUUUCAACAUCAGAUGCCGGGUGUGAAUUCUUACAGCAUUUUCCGGCGUAGGUUUGAUAUGUAGCCUCCCUCCAGCUUCCUUCCUAGAUCAGCACGUUGAAACUUGAGUUUCCUAAACUUGUAAUUUUUUAAAUCCAUAUUUUCUCUAAAAUGAUGCGAUUGUCAAUCAUAUUUAUUCAAUUUUAAGUGCAUCGCUACUUAGAUAUGUCCGAAUUUUCUGUGUUUCUUGAUUUAAAAUGAGUUCUCUCUACACCACAUGUGAAGCAAAUGCCUCUAUGCUAUCUUCUCUAACUUCUAUCGAACGCGUUGGACUCGUAUUUAUUGUUUAUUUGUAUUUUAGAAUAUCAAUGCCUAUUUCAUCCCUUGAUUGCGAACUUUUUUACGACAAGAUUCAUCCCUGUGCCCGUGAAUAAUAUCUUUAUUCAAGCUAUACUAAAAUUAUGUAUGUUAUAAAUCAUUUACUUUGCUUUGUUUUACCUAAUUUUAUUUACGGCCUAGGAAGGAAACUGCGUCAACCAUAUUAGCAAAAGAACGUUACUUUCAACGCUAAAUAUGAUCGUAAAGUGUCACUUUCCCUGUAAUCUUCGCUUAUUUAUAUUCAUUUUAACUUAUCGUAAAUUAGUUAUUAUUUAAACGCAAUAUCUAUGCGACUUUCAUGUUAGAAUAACUGUACAGCAAAUUGCAUGUUUUUUACCUCAAAAAAUUUGCCUGAAACUGCCUAGCAUUAAUGGGUAUCAUGAGACCAAUUUCUCGAUUUUGGUCAAAUUAGAAUAUAUUUUCCUUCUAUAAAGCCUAAAAAAUGAUCGCACUGAAUCAAUGUUAUGUUGAUUGAUUUGCAUCGUUCGUUUGCCGCAGUUUAAUUACGAGUAUUUCUUUACCUUCGCCGCCUGUGUUGUUCAUUUUGCUGUUGGAUGUAAUUUAUACUUUAUUUUAACGAUAGUUUAUUUUUUGUGCACCCUAAGCGUUCGAGUAUGGCAACAUCACGUGCAAAAAUUUAUGGUUUACUGUAUUACAUGAAUAUAAAGGAAUCGGUUCUAAAUGCUUUCAUUCUAUAAAUAAUGAUUUUUCCCACCAUUGUGCUUCAGAUUUAAUGACAUGUGCCGUGUUUGUUUCUAAAGUUUUCCUGAAGUUGAGUGCAAAAUCACCAAUGUUCUAAUAAUUAUUUAACUGACAAGUUAUUAAAUUCUUGCAUCAAAUUAUACCGUGAAAACCUGUUGUUGAUACGGCGAAGAUUCGAUCUAGUUUUUUUUCUAUGUCGACACGUUUGUUGCUUUAUCCAUAAUGAUAUUCCUACCUAAAUUAUUGAUCAAUCUUCAACCGGCCAUGUAGACAACUGCAAUUCCAGGUCUUUGUUAUUUCUAUCUAUAUUAUGAAAACGAACGAAUCAUAUUUCUUGUACUUCAUUGCAAACCAACUUCAUAAUCUUGCGCUUUAGGGGCUAAGAAAUGCUAAUAUAUUUUUUGUAGAGCUCCCAACACUUGUAUUUUUAUGAGCAAUAAAUUAUACCUACAUCUC